AUGUAUUCCGACGGCGCCGAAUACUCAAGAGGAACCGCAGUUGCACCAGAAAUGUCAAGUCCUGUACGGGCUGCUAGUGCAAGUACCGGUAAUUUAAGCCGAAUACGUUCCCGCAAUCGUUCAACUUUGAGUACUUCUAUGCAGUCCGAUCCUCAUUUGGCUUCUAGAAUCGGUGCUUUUUAUCUUAACAAUGUUCAGUCGAACAUACCGUUUGAGACGGAUAAAAUAACUCCAGCUUACGGUAUAGGUGAUAUGAUCGCACCUGAAAUGAACGAUUCCGGGGAUCAAAAAGUUCCGAGUGUUAGUAGUAAAAAGGUCGGUCUUUAUUCACGCCCAAAUGUAUCUUCUUCUAGCAUGCUAUUGACUAUCAAACGAGCUACAUCUGCAGAUUCGCCUCAAGACAAGCAACUAAAUGACAAUCCUGCAACUAAAAACUUAAUGCCUAAGAAGUCCUUGUCUACUACUUUUACACCUACUCCGUCUCGGAUUUCUCAUGAAGUUUUACCUGCUACUACUUUUCCAGCACAAUCAACCGACUCUUUACAGCGCAACACCACACCAAGGCAUUCUUCUCCAUUACAAAAACAGGUCUCGACUGAUUUACCUUUUACUUUACCUAUCUGCGAAGAGGAGCAGCUAGAUUGGAUUCGCGAAAAUGAAGAUUUGGUACAUUCUAUGAACCCUGACGAUUGUUUAGAAUGGGCAGAGUACGUCCUUCGUUUUACAUUGGUUCAUCUUCCUUAUUUGCAAUCUUAUGAUACCGAAAAUUAUGACGAAAUUGACUACUUGGAGAAUGUAUGUGAAAUUGCACUCGAUAAAUUUCGUGAAUAUUCAAGAGCCGAGAAUCCUCGUGCUCUCUAUUUUGAUGCUUACACUUAUGAGUCUGGUGCCUUUGAUGUUGAAGUUGACCUUCAACAAGCUUGGGAAUUGUAUUCUGCUUCUGCCAAACUCGGCUAUACUCGAAGUCUCUAUAGACUAGGUGUAAUUUUAGAGGAUCAAGGAAGUCUUCAAGAGGCCGUUGAAUACUUCGAGGAGGGUGCUAACUCCAAAGACAGUGCUUCUUGUUGGAGAUUAGCUUUAUUAAUCCUUGAAGGAAUGCUUGAUAAUAUUGGAACAUAUGCUCAGCAACGCACUCGUGGUCUUCAGCUUUUGGAACAGAGUGCUAAUACUGCCGAUGCUGAUGUUCCUUCUGGUUUGUAUAGUUAUGCCCUUAUAAAUUUACAUAAGCAUCCAGGAUUGGUUGAUUUAGAUGCAGAAGGAUUAGAAGUUCCUCUGAACGAGCGACGUGCACUAGAGUCCUUUGCGCGGGCGGCAUUCAUGGGACAAUCUUCUGCUAUGCUGCGUAUGGGUGCAGUUUAUGAAUUUGGUAAAUAUGGAUGUUUCAAAAGUCCAAAGUAUUCUGUAUUUUAUUAUUCUGCUGCCUCUAAGCAAGGCGAAAGCGAAGCUGAUUUUGCACUUGCCAAGUGGUAUUUAAAUGGUGGUGCCGGUGUACCAGUUGACGAAGAUCAAGCCUUCGUACAUGCCGAGAGAGCGGCAAUGGCAGGAAACUCCAAUGCACAGUUCUUAUUGGGAUAUAUCUUUGAAAGUAAAAAUAAUUCAGAACAAGCUCUUUAUUGGUAUACGGAAGCUUCUAAUAAUGGACAUGCCGAAGCUGCUGAGAAUUUGAAGAAUCUGAAAGAACUGUUGAAGAAUAGUCCAGCAGAAUAUGUCCCUCCUACUACUACGUCGACUCAGUCCCAUCGUGCUGCAGAUUAUAGUAGUGCUCCUUCAACUCCCUAUGUUAGUUCUCAAUCGCAGGGCGAUACUUCUAAUGCGGGCACUACGAAGCCUAUCCCUGGGACCUUGCCGGAACAGCCUGUAGUACAAAAGGUACCAGUUACUAAGAAGACGAAAAAAGCUAAAUUUCGUAAACAUUUUAAUUGUGUGAUAGCCUAA